UUUCGUUUCGAUUGAAAUUUUCGCAAUAUUAUCCCAUUUUAUGAAUCAAUUUUUUGGGUUAUUGUAGUUAUAACCGGUGGUAACCGCAAAUGUUCACCUGGUAACCCUUUCGCCACAGGGAUUUUGUUUUUUAUUGAUUGCGAGUGUAUAUUUUGACAAGUGACGUUCUCAUGAGGUUAUAAGCAAACCGUGUGUUUAUUAUUUUCAGUCGUGUUGCGAAUAACAUGGCGAGAGUGCCAUGUCUGGUAACGGCAAAUAUUCUUCUUAUUUUGAGUGUAUUUUUAAGCACAAGCAUUGUCAGCAGUGAAGACAAGUUCGCUCCUCAUUUCGACGCGUUGUUACAAUCAAAUAAUUUCACAAAAAAUGAAAACUUUACGAAAGUGCAGUUUGAAGUGCGCGGUAGGAAUAUUUACUCCGAUUUGCAAAUUAAAACAACGAAGGAGAAAGCCGCGAGGGGUGCCCCAUGCACCGAAGACUUGAAAUACCCUAUUGUGAACGUUGACAUGCGGAAAGAAUCGGCCCUUUAUGAAAUUCAAGUGCCGAGAGGUGUCGGUGGUGAAUUUUACUUUUGUUUGCCGCACCAAAAUCCCAAUUACAGGGAAAACGAGAACAAACUGCGGCCGAACGUGCUGCAAGGGGGCCGGUACGAGUGGCACCACCAAGGGCCGGAGGUUGUCAUCAGAGUGCCGCUUGAUAACAAUGACGUUCACCGCGACCGCCGCCAGAAGAAGCCCGACGAGCUCCAGAUCAUGGGCCUACGUCUGGAAGUCCACGAAAAGGAAGCCGAAUACGACGAGGACGGAAUUCCCGAAGUCCUCGCCGAAGCCGAACACACAAUUCGUAUUUUCGGCAUCAACUUUGCCAAAAGCAUGGUAGUAACAUUCACCGAUCGUAAAAGCACCCCCGAUCGGUCAUGUCAAUUUCCCAAAAGUCCCCGGGAAUUUCCGUUGAUUAAAGGUUCCUUUUCGUCCGUCACGGGCCGGAUCAAGAUCAAGCUCCCUGCGAUGGGCGACGCUGACACUCUGUACAUUUGUGCCAAAGAAACCAACUCGUCGUUUUUCGUGCAUCAAGGGGAUGAUGUGUGGUUGCAGAUCAGGAGUUACGAACCGUUGCUCCCUCUAGGGGUGACGAUACUGAUAAUUGUGGUGUGUUUGAUGUUUUCGGCGCUUUUCUCCGGUUUAAAUCUCGGUUUGAUGUCUUUAGAUCGCACCGAAUUGAAAAUUUUGUGCAAUACGGGGACGCCGAAAGAGAGGACUUUUGCCAAAAUUAUACAGCCGGUGCGCGAUCACGGUAAUUAUCUACUGUGUAGUAUUCUGUUGGGUAACGUUUUUGUUAAUUCGAUUUUCACGAUUCUUUUGGACGGUUUGACUUCGGGUCUUGUGGCCGUUAUUUUUUCCACGAUCGCGAUCGUACUUAUCGGUGAGAUUACGCCACAGGCGAUCUGUUCAAGACAUGGAUUAGCCAUCGGUGCGAGGACUAUUUACAUCACCAAGUUUGUUAUGGUGCUGACUUUUCCCAUGGCAUAUCCCGUCUCGAAGUUCCUGGACUGCGUUCUAGGGGAGGAGAUCGGGAACGUCUAUAACAGGGAGAGACUCAAGGAGCUGGUCAAGGUCACAACCGGCGAAAAUGACUUGGACAAAGACGAAGUGAACAUAAUCAGCGGUGCUCUCGAGCUCCGCAAGAAAACCGUCGCCGACGUAAUGACCAAAAUCGAAGACGUGUUCAUGUUGGACUACGACAACACGAUCUUAGAUUUUGAGACAGUGUCGGAAAUUAUGAAAUCAGGUUACUCUCGAGUUCCCGUCUUCGAAGGCAACCGUCAGAACAUCGUAACGAUGCUUUACAUUAAGGAUUUGGCGUUCGUCGAUCCCGACGACAACACGCCGUUAAAAACCCUGUGUCAAUUCUAUCAAAAUCCGUGCAAUUUCGUCUUCGAGGACGUUACACUUGACGUCAUGUUUCGCAUAUUCAAGGAAGGCAAUAAGGGACAUAUGGCGUUCGUCCAUCGAGUCAAUAACGAGGGCGAAGGUGAUCCGUUUUAUGAAACAAUUGGAUUGAUAACACUGGAGGAUGUGAUCGAGGAGCUGAUCCAGGCUGAGAUCAUGGACGAGACGGAUGUUUUCACCGACAAUCGAACGAAACGGAGGAGAAACGCCGAAAGGAGGCAAGACUUUAGCGUCUUUGCCGAACGUAAAGGCGAGCCCAGUAAAAUACGAAUCAGCCCACAGUUGACUCUCGCAGCGUAUCAGUUUUUGAGCACUGCCGUUGAACUUUUCCUCCCGACUGUAAUAUCUGAGACGAUUUUAAAACGUCUCUUGCGCCAAGACAUCAUCUACCACAUUAAAAAAAACAAAGAGUGGCGCACUGACCCAGCUAAUGUCAUUUACCAACAAGGGAAGAAUGCGGAUUAUUUCGUCCUGAUCCUCGAAGGCCGGGUCGAGGUGACUAUAGGUAAAGAGAAUUUGACCUUUGAGGGUGGGCCUUUCACAUUUUUCGGCACUCAAGCCCUCGUCCAAACGAUCGGAGUUGCCGAGAGUCCUUCGGCGCCCACUUCGACGCUGGGCAGUUUAGAGUCGCUGAAUUUGGACGCCUUGCUGCGUCACACUUUCCAGCCAGACUACACGGUUCGGGCCUCCAAUGAGGUGAUUUAUCUUCGUAUAAAGCGCAGUCUGUACUUGGCAGCCAAAAGAGCGACUUUGAUGGAGCGGUCUCAGCGCGACUUGCAGCAGAGCAACGAUCAGUUUGACGAGGAAGUUGAUAAGCUUCUGCACUCGCUGGAGGAGGAUGACACGGAGAGUGCCGGCCGACGGACGCCGCGGAAACAGUCGUCGAAGAAUCUGCAUCACAAUCAGGAGGCGAAUUUGAGUCCCAAAACACCGUCGAUUUAUUCGAACGUUAGUCCGCCGCAUCGGUUGAGUCACGAUAUCAACGGGUCGAUUAUUGCGAGUCCUGUGGAGGACUGCCAUAAUGCGAGAGAGGAGGAGGUUUCGCUUUUGGCGAAAAAAUCAUAACAUAGACACUUUGGCUCUGGUCGAGAGUCACGAUUGUACUUAAUUUAUUUGUUAAAGAUUAGUUUAGGGUGAUAACAAUUCCGUACCUUAUAACAUCGUGUAGGUGCAUAUUUAUUGAAAUUUUAUCGUUAGAAAUUGUUGAAAUUAUCCAAGUUGAUACGUAAAUAGUGACAAUUUUAUCAAAAUGGUUUUAUUUUUAGUUUGACAAAAACUAGCCUGAUUCCUUAGUAGAGUAAUAGGCGGGACAACGUCGCCACAUUGCCCAUUAUUUUUAUAUUACUAUUUAUUAAAAUCAAGUGUCACAAUUUAUACUGUGAAGCAAUCGCUGUGUUUAUUUUAUUUUUGUUGAUCUUUAUUUUUAGAAUUAAAUUACGAAGUGUACAAUUCUAACAAUCAAUACCUCUGCUAGUAGUACUUAGCGUUGUAAACUCUACUUAAGCCAAGUAACUUAGGUUUUUGUCAAUUUUUGAAACUUGUUUUCAAUUUAAAGUGUCAAAUUUUAUGUUUCCUGUUUUUUUUAUUUUACUUUUGUUUUGUUACUUGAAUAAAUGAUAAGAUUAA